UGUCAGUGCAGGCAGCGAGCGGAAUGCAGCGGCCGGAGGCCUGGCCACGUCCGCACCCGGGGGAGGGGGCCUCGGCCGCCCAAGCCGGGGGCGCAGCGCCGCCCACCCGAGCCACGGAACAGCGGUUUCAGGAACCUUCUCUCUACACCAUCAAGGCUGUCUUCAUCCUAGAUAAUGACGGGCGAAGGCUGCUGGCCAAGUAUUAUGACGACACAUUUCCCUCCAUGAAGGAGCAGAUGGUUUUUGAGAAAAAUGUCUUCAACAAGACCAGCCGCACUGAAAGUGAAAUUGCAUUUUUGGGGGGCAUGACUAUCGUCUACAAGAGCAGCAUCGACAUCUUCCUGUAUGUGGUGGGAUCUUCCUCUGAGAAUGAGCUGAUGCUCAUGUCUGUGCUUGCCUGCCUGUUUGACUCUUUGAGCCACAUCUUAAGGAAGAACGUGGAGAAACGCUGGUUGCUGGAGAACAUGGACGGAGCCUUCUUGGUGCUGGAUGAAAUUGUAGACGGAGGGGUGAUUCUGGAGAGUGACCCCCAGCAAGUGAUCCAGAAAGUGAAUUUUAGGACUGAUGACAGUGGCCUAACAGAACAGAGUGUAGCCCAGGUUCUCCAGUCAGCCAAAGAACAAAUUAAGUGGUCGUUAUUGAAAUGAAGCUCUUGGAGUCGAGGCUCCUUCCUCAGAGAACUUUUGCCAGUCCCUGCGUAAGCCCCAAGAUCUCAAGAGGCAAGAGAGACCAACUCUGCCUUCUCAGGUUUCUCUCAGAACUGAUCCCCGAGGUCUCCUGCCAGGGAUUCUGAGACGCAAAAGCUUGGCCCCAGCUCUGUCACUCUCGCUCAGCAUCCUAGCCUGCCCUUGGAGCCAUGGGAACCAGCAAAGCUGCCUCCCCUUGGACUUCUGACAUCCUCUGCCCUAGGCCUUAAUAAACUUCCAAUUUUUUCCCCAAA